AUGAGUACGUAUGACAAACACAACAGCUAUCACAUUCUACCAAGUCAAACAAGUGAACAGCCCAAUGCCACCAUUUCGGCGACCGCUUCCGAUACUGCAAUGUAA